CUCUAUUGGUAGGUCUGACACAACAAGCAAAUCUCGUCAAACAUCGCGUUACAUUGCGGGAUCGCCAUGGUGAUCAAACAACAUGGCGGAGAACGAGGAAGAUGCAAACUUUGAAGCGGCAACGCCCAGUGUCACGAUAGACCUGGCCGAGACCAGGCCCAACACAAUGGCCGCCUUCCAGUCGGUCACCCCCGGUGGGGGGAUGACGGCAGCAGCCCCUGUAGUGGAGAACACCAUUGAGAAGCAAAUUAUCAGCGUGACCAGCAUGAGUGACAUCGAAGCAGCUGAGUCGUUGACUGAACUGUUGCAACCCCUGGACGCCGACCCAUUUGACGAGGAUCAGGCGGAGCUACGCUUCCUGCACUCCAAGCCCACAUGCUUCAUCGUCCUGGGCAAGCCGGGUGCUGGCAAGACGGCCCUGGCCCGCCGCCUGUCCCAGUUUUGGCGCUGUGAGCUGGUCCACGCCACCGACCUCAUCCUCCAGCACCUGGACCUGCAGACAGAAUUGGGCCAGCGCCUGCAGGAGAUCCUGCAGCGCGGUGGCGCUGUGCCCGAGGAGAUGGCAGCACGGCUGAUUGAGGAGAAGAUCAACUCGCCUGAGGUGGUGCAUCACGGUUAUGUAUUGGAUGGCUUUCCAUCUUUGAGCGAGGACUACAUGAAGGUUACGGACCAGCUAGAGCUAGUGAAGAACUGGAAUCUCAAACCGGACUUCAUUAUUAACUUGCGGAUGCCAGACAAGGACCUGGAAGAUCGGCGGGUGGGCCAGAGAGUGGACCCUAUCACCAACAACCUGUACACCAGCGAUGUCUGGAACCCGGACAAGCCCGAGCCCAAGCCCAGCCACGAGGGCGAAGGGGAGGAGGAAGAAGAGGAAGAGGAAGAAGAGGAGGCGGAGGAAGGGAUGGGCGAGGAGGAGGGGGAGGAUGAGCCCCGAGAGGAGCUGAGCUUUGAGGUCAUUGAGCGGCUGGUGAGGAGACCAGAAGACAUGGUGCAUCACGCACAGGAGAACAUCGUGACUUACAAGGACAAAAUGCUCAGGAUGCUGGAGGAUUACAUUGCGGACCACCCCCAGCAGUACCUGAUUGAGAUGGACGCCAACAAGCCGGCCGCCGGCCUCUUCAAGGAGCUCCUGGCCAAGCUCAACACCUUUGUGCUGCGCCGGGCGGCCGUGCCUAUCCGGCUGCAGAACCCGGACGAGGAGGACCUCCCCGAGGACGUGGAGACGGAGGAGCUGAUGCGCACGCUGGGCGGCACCAACAUGGUGGCGCCCCGCUAUCGAUGGCGCCGCAGCCGCUGGGCCCGUGCCUGCCCCGUGGAGCUCCAGAAAGGCAACGUGGUACCGGGCAAACCCGAGUUUGCAGUAGGGUUCCUGGACAAGAUCUAUGUCAUGUCCAGCCCGGAGGCCAUGGAGAAGUUCCUGAAGAACCCCCGGCCCUACCUGGUCAGCCCUCAGCCCAGGCCACCCUGUAAGCUGUGUGUGGUGGGUCCACCCCUCUCUGGGAAGUCCACCAUGUGUCACUUGCUCGCACACAAGUUCAACGGCAGGGUGCUGGAUCUGGAUGAGCUGAUCAAGUCCCGCAUGGCAGUGCACAAGGCCAAACAGGUGGAGCUACACCGGCUGGAGGCGUUGGAGUCGGCCAUCGCCACUGUCAAGGCCAAGCUACGGGAGAAGGAAGAGACUGCUUCAGAGGGCGACGCGGAUGACAUGGAUGAACAAGAAGAAAAGGAGAAGGCCGACACUGACACCGAUGCUGACAAGGCCGAGCCAGAAUCGGACCAACCCACUCUCCCCGAGGGGGAGAAGGAGGAGGACUCGGGCGAGGGGACAGAGACGGAGCGUGAGAUGGCUGGUGGGGACAGCGAAGAACCUUCCCAAAGUGAAGGAGAAAAGAAAGGAGAUGAGGGCGACACAUCCACGGUCAAAGACUCAACCACCAUCUCGGAGCCUGCCCCUUCCCAAGCCCUCACUGAGGCCACGACAACGGUCACUGCCCCUCCCCCGCCGGCAAUCGAGGUGGACGAGACUCACCCAGAAGUCCAGGCCAUGGUGGCAGCUGCCGUCCAGGAAGCGGAGAAGCAGACCUACGCUCUGGCCCCUGAGCAGUACGUAGAUGCCCUGGAGGAGGCCGUCACUGAGAUCCACAAGGAACUGAGGCGGAAGGAUCCCAAAGGACCCAUAGCUGGUGGUUGGGUCCUGGACAACUUUCCCCAGACAAGGGAGCACUGGACGGCCCUGAUCGACCGUGGCCUGGCCCCGGACGAGGUCAUCUUCCUGAAGGAUGCCAGCGAGAACGGCGCCUACCUCCUGAAGAGGUGGUACAAGCUGAACAAGGAAGAGGUGGACCGGAAGGUGCAGGAGCGCAAGGACGAGGAGGAGAGAGAGAAGGCCCGGGUCCUGGAGGAGGCGAGGAGCACGGACUCGGAGAGACUGCAGACAGAGAGAGAACUGGAGGAAAAGAGGCGGGAAGAGGAGGAAGAGAGAAAGAGGCUUGCUGAGGAGGCGGGAGAAGGAGCUGCAGAAGGAGAAGAAGCUUUGCUGGCCACGCCCACGAUCACCGAGCCCAGCACGGCAGUCUCUGCCAUGGACGUUGACGCGAAGACUUCAGAUCAGUUUGCUGAGCCCCCUAAAGUGGUGAUUGGACAAACCUCAUCAGGUGAUAUUACUGGGGUGGAUGGAGAAGGCAAAGGCACGGAGGACGCAGAGCAUGGGGAAGAAGAGGAGGAGCACCUGGAGACUCCGCCCCCCGUGGAGGACCCCUUGCCCCCUGAGGGCCUGGAGACCACCCAGUUCAAGGAACUGCGCACCGAAUUUGAGCGCGAGUGGCCAUCAGUACAGGCCUUGGUGACGGGCAUGCUGAACGUGGAACCCAUCGUGGUGGACAUCGAGAAUCGUCAGGUAGAGGACUUGACGAAAGAAGCCUUCACUGCCGUAGAACAGCCUUUCUCCUACCGCCCAUGGGAGUAUACCAGCAUCGAUCUGGACGAAGAGGAAGAAGAUGCAGAGGCAGAGGAGGAAGAUGAGAUGGAAGAGGAGGAGGACGAAGAGAUGAUGAAGAACAAAAAGAAGCAGUUUGGCGACACCAAGCACUUCUGCCCCGUCCAGUACAAGGACAGCUAUGUGCUGUGGCCUGGUAACCCCGAGAUUGCUGCGAAGUACCGGGAGAAGGUCUACUACUUUUCCAGCACCGAAUCCCGGGACAAGUUCCUGGCUGAGCCCAUGCUGUACGUGGCUAAGGGCAAACCAUUCCAGCCCCCUCCCGUCCGUCUCCUCAUCCUGGGGCCCCGGGGCGCAGGCAAGACCCUACACGGACGCUACCUGGCCGAGAACCUGGGCCUCUUCCACAUCUGCUUCAAGGAGCGGCUGCAGGAGCUAGUCAUCGCCAAGACCAAGAAGAAGAUCGGCCCCGAGUACGAGGAGGAGGAAGAGGAGCCGGACAGCGAGCCGGAGGAGGAGGAGGCAACAUCGGGAGGAGAGGCUGGGACCGGAGCGGGCGAGAGCCAGACUGCUCCAGCUGGUGUGGAAGGCUCAGGUGAAGCAGACGAAGCUGCCUCUGCCGAAAACAAAGAAGAAACAGAAGAGCCGGAGGAGGAGCCGGAGAUUGAGUGGACGGAAGAGGAAGAGAACAUCAAAGGCAACCUGAUGGAGGAAGAAUCUUUGACCCCCGACACCUUGGAGAAGAUCGUCCCCGGCUGGUGGAACUCCGAGCCGUUCAAGUCCACCGGAUUUGUCCUGGAGGGCUUCCCACGCACUGUUGAGGAGGCCCACUACCUGGCAGAGCAUGGCCUCUUCCCGGACGCGGCCGUCAUCCUCGCGGUGGAGGACGCAGACAUCCAGGGCCGCCUUCUGCCGCCCAAGCUGGACAAGUGGAAGAAGAAGCGGGACCGGCGACUGGCGCGGAAGGAGCGGCGCAAGCUGCGCAAGAAGAAAGAGCGGGAGGCCAUGAUCAACAAGAGGAGGCAGGAGCUGGUUGCCGAGGUGGCGGAGAGGAAGGCUGAGAGAAUCGCCCAGCGAGCGGCCGACCGAGACAGCGAUGACUCAGAGCACUCGGAAGAGGAGCAGGAAGACGACGAGGAAGAGGAAGACAUCGAGGCCCUCCUGGCCGAGGAGUUCGAGGAAGAGGAGGAAGAAGAGGAAGAGGAGGAGGAACUGGAGGAGGAUGCCGUAGACCGUCUCAAGAAUGAGAUCGGAGAGAUGUACGACGAUGACACCAACAAGCUCGCAUCAGUACAAGAAACCUUGGAGGAGAUCCUGGUCCCCCGCAUUGAGUUGAAUGGCGGCCGCAAACCCCACAUCGUCCGCUACACCCUGGAGCAGAACCUCAAGCCCAUCGUGGACUGCCGGGAGAGCCUGUUUGAGAAGGCCUACCCGAUCAAGGAGCAUGUGGCCAAGAAGAUGCUGCAGAUCGGCUACAAGCACCCGAGCCGCUUUGGCAGAUGGUGCCCGAUUAAGCUCAAUGAAGGUGACUGCAUCCAGCCCAUGCAAGGGCCAGGCUACCCCUCCUUCCCCUGCAUCUACCGCCAACACAUCUACUUCCUGUCCAAUCCCCCAGCCCGGGAGGAGUUCACCAUGCACCCGCUAAAGUUCCUCAAGCAGCCCUCGCCCAAGCCGGUCGUCCCCAUCCGCAUGGCCAUCCUGGGGCCGCCCAAGUCAGGCAAGACCACCUUGGCAAACCGUUUCAUAACAGAGUAUGGCAUGGUCCGCCUGUCCAUCGGCGAGGCCAUCCGUUUUGUCCUCAAUCAGCAGCCCAAGACGGAGCUGGCCGGCCAGCUGAACCGCCACCUGUGCAAGGGCCUGACGGUACCGGAUGAGCUGGCCGUGCAGGCCCUGGAGGUCUCGUUGCUGGACAUGAGGGCAAACACCAGAGGCUACGUUUUGGACGGCUACCCUGUCACCAAGCGUCAGGUGGACCUCCUGACGGACCACUGUAUUAUCCCGGUCUGUGUGAUUGAGCUGCAAGUGGACAGCAGAGAGCUGAUGAUGAGAGGAAUGAAGGACAAGAACUCAGCUGACAGGGUUCUGCCACUCCACGACAGCGCCCAGAUCCUGGCCAUCCGCAUCGCGGCCUGGCAGAAGGAGAUCACGGCGGUGCGGGAAUGGUACAAGGAGCAGCACCGCAACUGGGUGGCGCUGGACGGCGAGCGCUCCAAGUGGUGGGUGUGGAACCAGUCGGCCCAAGAAGGCAAGCGAACUGUCCGACACAUCCAGGAAUACCUGCAGAGGAUAUCCGAAGGCAAGGCAGCCUCUGUGGCUGAGAUGUGCAUCACCCCCAAGGAGUUCCUGGCCCGGCUGGGCGACUUUGGCCAGUACUGUCCGGUCAGCCUGGCCCGGGAUGGCCAGCUGGUGGACUGCUCCGUCAACCCCACCAUGGAGUUUGCUGCUGAGUUCCGGGGCCGCUACUACAAGAUGGAGGACGGGGCCAAGCUGGCGGAGUUCCUGGCCGUCCCCGAGCAGUUUGUGCCCCCGCUGGCCCCCAGGCAGCUCCCACCCCCCGAGCUGCUGCCUCGGAGGCGGUCCCCCCUGGAGGUCAAGACUAUGUUCCCCAUGCAGCUAGAGCUGCAAGGAUACUGUCCAGUCACAUACCUGGAUGGCAAACUCAGAUACGAAGCCAUCAUUCCCGGCAACCCUGACCUUCUGGUGGAGUACCGCCAGAAUCUCUACUGCUUCCUCUCGGAGGCCAAACUCCAGAAGUUCCUGCGCAACCCUGAGAAAUACUACGACCUGAAGCUGCCCCACAAGUUACCGCCCAAGAAGGACCCGCUGCUGGUCACCUCGCUGCCCAUGCUGGGCUACAUGGAGCAGAUGCUGUCCGUGGCCAUCACCAAGGCCCUUACGUCCGUGGGCUGCUUCAAGCCCAAGUUCCCUUUCCUGUCUGCCUCGCGGUCGGCGCUGCUCUACGUGGCUUACCAUCUAAAAUCUUACAAUCCCAGGAGUUCGGACUACGUCCGCAAGAAGUACCGCCGCAAACUCCAACAGUUUGAGGAGAACUGCGAGCUGAUCCGCUACCUGGGCGGUCACAUGACGGGCCGCUACAAGCAUCCGGAGGACCGGCCCAUCGACUUUGACCACAAGAUGAUCCUCUUCCUGAACCUCAAGGGACGAGAGCCCUCCUCCUCGGCCAUCAUGUCUUGAAGGGAAACGGUGCAUUGUCGUCCUAGAUCGUGUCUUAAAGAUGUAGUAUCCAUACCCUGGGGAACAAAAAUGUAAUGUAUCCAGCUUUCAAAUAAGUCUGGAGAAGACGGAUGAUUACAUUUCUUGGAAGUCAAAAAUGAAAGCACGCUAUCGUACCUCAAAUCAAUUUUAAGGUGUGCAUAUCUUGUGUGUUAAGUGAACUAUGAUAACCGUCUCAAUAGCAUUUGGUAAAACACUUUUGUCUUUUUAAUGUUAUCACGAGGUCAGGUUUGAUGUCAUCAUUUGAUGUUUAAAUCGUCAACGGAUAAUACAUCUUUAAAGACCUCAUCAUUGACAGUUCUCAAGCAAAGUCAGAUCUAAGGUGUCAGUAUGAUUGAGGGUGUGGGCUAACUUGGUCAUGAUCUUAUGAAUACUUGUAUUUAAAUGCAACUGUCCAAUAAAAACACUUGAAGCCACAUUGAUUAUUGCAUUUUGAAAGAGAGGAAAAUACAUUUGAACACAUGCAUCUACUCUUUAGGCCAUUCACAUUUGAAGACACUGGCAUCAAGUUUUCUGUUGGCCCCUACGUGGAGCUGGUGUAGCACAAAUGGGUGCAUGGCAAACUUGUAGUGUUGAGAAACUACAAACUUGUCGAUGGCAAAUAUGUAUCUCACAAGACACUAAGCAAUAUCUGAAUACUCUGGAACCAAAGAUUACCAUUGUAGUCUGCCCACUCCAAUCUGGUUCUUUUCUAUCUGGCACAACGAAGAGAACGUCAACUGUUUGUGUCUUUGUGGGUGUCAGUUCCUUCUCGUUGCAUGAUUACAAGGACAAUUCUGGUUUUUCCGUCCAGUCUUUAAUUAGUGUACAUGUACAUGUAUAUACUUUUCUUUUGACACCAAAAUAUAAUUAAUAAUUUUGUAUAUUUAGAGAUUUUUGGAGAACCUUUGAAUUGGAAAUUUGUCAGCCGUCCAGACUUCCCGUUUGUAUAAAACAAAGUGUAAAUUAAUCCUCACCUGUGCUACAAAUGAAAACUUUUAUUUUAUAUUUUACCUUUUGUCCAGUUGUGGCUUCGGUUUGUAUAGCUUUAAAAACAAUGAUAUUUGAAUGUAACAUAAUUGUGUAAAAAUGGUUUUCCAGUUUCCAUAAGAUGCCUUAUAUAUGUUUGUUUUGAUAAAAAUAAAGCACUGCUGCACAAUGUCAAGAAUUCCUUAA